AUGACUGAUUCUCAAGUCGGUUGCAAUGAAAACAGGGUGUACGGAAAUGUCCUUUCGUUGGGAUAUUUCUGCCGUAUUCUCCUUGAAAUUGGCCCGCGGGCGUUGGAACUACCACAAAUUGCUGGCUACGAUGGAUUGGCACCCAGCAGACAGAUUCCACUUUCUCCAUCCGGCGAAAAGCCCCAUCAUCUCGGUAUCCAUGUCAGCGACACUGCCAUUGACUACGCAUGGAAGGUCCUCGACGCAUUGGAUGAUGACGAGCAUGAUUCAAAUUUCACACGGGCCACAGAUAACGAUCCUUUGAUUCCCCUCUGGCUGCCGCUGGUUGUUUUCUAUGCAGGUCUUGCGGUGUGGGCUCGCAUGCAGGAGGAUCAUGACCGGGGAGUUCUUAAAGGGGCUCAGAAUUCUAUUUCUGCUCGUCGCCGACUUUUGCGAUCGUUUCAAAAUGAAUUACGGAGGAUGGGGAAACAGUAUAGGAGUGCCUCAAGAAUGGCGGACGUCAUUAAGAACUUGUGUCCUUAA